UUGCGCAUCGUCGUCGGCUCAUCCACUUCCGGGUUUAGAACGGGUGUGUGUGUUUGAAGCGGAAGUGUCAUGGCGACCUCCGAGAAAGUCGAACGUGGGAAUGGGGGUGGCGAGAAUAGAAACCCCAAAGGCAAGAAAACGAGCCAAGAUGACUCUGAACUUCUCACAGUUCCCGAUGGAUGGAAAGAACCAGCCUUUUCAAGAGAAGAUAAUCCUAGAGGGCUUCUGGAAGAAAGCAGUUUUGCCACUCUGUUCCCAAAAUACAGAGAAGCUUAUUUGAAAGAAUGCUGGCCCCUAGUGCAGAAGGCACUGAAUGAACAUCAUGUAAAUGCAGCGUUAGACCUAAUUGAAGGAAGCAUGACAGUCAGUACAACAAAGAAGACCUUUGAUCCAUAUAUAAUAAUCAGAGCCAGAGAUUUGAUAAAGCUUCUAGCAAGAAGUGUUCCAUUUGAGCAGGCUGUACGUAUUCUUCAAGACGACAUUGCUUGUGAUAUUAUUAAAAUAGGGUCCCUGGUGAGAAACAGAGAGCGAUUUAUCAAAAGAAGACAGAGGCUUAUUGGUCCCAAUGGCUCUACCUUGAAGGCUCUAGAAUUGUUAACAAACUGCUACAUCUUGGUUCAAGGUAACACUGUUUCAGCUCUUGGGCCUUUUAAUGGCUUAAAAGAGGUUAGGAAAGUAGUUCUGGAUACAAUGAAGAAUAUUCAUCCCAUAUAUAAUAUCAAGACCCUGAUGAUUAAGAGGGAGUUGUCAAAAGAUCCUGAAUUAAGAUCACAGAACUGGGAACGAUUUUUGCCUAAGUUCAAACAUAAGAAUUUGAACAAACGGAAGGAACCAAAGAAGAAAAAUGUGAAGAAGGAAUAUACUCCGUUUCCACCGCCACAACCAGAGAGUCAGAUUGAUAAAGAAUUGGCGAGUGGUGAAUAUUUCUUGAAAGAAAGCCAAAAGAAGCGUAAGAGAGUAGAAGAGAUAAAGGCAAGACAAGCAGAGGUAAUUAACAAGAGGCAAGAAGAGAGAAACAAAGCUUUUAUUCCACCUAAGGAAAAGCCAGUUGUAAAACCAAAGAAAGCUCCUGCUGAAACAAAAAUUGACAUUGAAGGUAUUAAAGAAAAGGUUAAGAAGGCAAAGAAGAAGAAGCUAGGAGCACUUCCAGUGGAAGAAGUUAAAUUAAAAAUUGCAGCAGAUGAAAAGAAGAAGAAGAAAGCAUUUGUGAAGUUGUAGUGCCCAGCUUUUCUGAGGAGAACAAAGAACUCCAUGUAUGAAGCACACUUCCUUUGCAUUGUGUUUUUGCCGGUUAAUGUCAAAACCAACACAAAACUGCAGUAGUUGAGAUGAAAAGGACAACAGUUUCAAGAUUUGCAUCAAGCAAAACUGGCAGCAUGUUCUAUUACGAUCCAAAAAAUAUGGCCAAAUUUUCCACAUUUCCAGUAUCUCUUAAAUAAGUGGAUGGCUUACAUUUUUAUGCAUACAUUUCUAGCAAGCACAGGAUUGCCACUGAAAGGGUUUUGUAUGUGGAGUGAAUAUUGUUAACACAUAUAAGAUUUGUAGGAGUGUUAUUUGACAUUCAUGCAGAGUAUCACAUAAGCUUCAAACAGCUAGAAGUUUCUGCAGGAAGGGAACAUUUCCCCCAAAACACUUGUAAAUUGGUUUGUAUUUUAAGUAUACCUAAAUUACAUAAACUAUUUUUUAUAUAAGUAUUGAUAUUUCUGAAUGUUGUUUUUGGUCUGUCUGAAAUGUUAUAUAUUGUUCAAAAGAUGCUCUUUCCAAAUGCUGACUAAAAUUGAGCAGCAAGCUACACUAUUUAUGUACUCCAUUGAGUUGAACAGGACAAACUGCAUGUGGCUGUAUUAAUGCAGAACUUGGGUUUUUGUUUGUUCCCAGGUCAUUAUCAUUUGUGGUAAAAGCAUCAUGGAACUCA